AUGGAACCCCGCGGGUGCACCUGGGCGCUGGCGCUGCUGGGCGCGGGCCUGGCGCUGGCGCUGGCGCUGGCGCAGGGGGGCGCGGCCGCCCCGGGGGCGCCCGAGAAGCUGUGCGGCCACCACUUCGUGCGGGCGCUGGUGCGGGUGUGCGGGGGCCCGCGCUGGUCCCCCGAGGACGGGCGGCCCGUGGCUGGCGGCGACCGUGAGCUGCUGCAGUGGCUGGAAGGACGCCGUCUCCGCCACGGGCUGGCGGCCGAUGGGGACCCCUUGCUGCUACUCGCCCCACAGCUGCUGCCCCAGGCCUCUCGCCACCACCACCACCGCCGGGCAGCUGCCGCCAACCCUGCCCACCACUGCUGCCUCAGCGGCUGCACCCGACAGGACCUGCUGACCCUCUGUCCCCAUUGA